CACCUCCAUAUAAAUAACACUCUAGCAUCUUAAUCCCCACCCUCUUUAUUCUCACACAAAUCUCUCUCACUUACAAUUUAACCCUUACCUAAAUCAAUUUUCCCCCCAAAUUCCCCCAAUCGAUGGAAGGGGUAUGCUGCGCGACGUCGCACGCGUCGUCGUCGAGCUCCGAGAAUCCGAGCAAGCGGAAGCAGGCGGCGGAGAAGAAGCCCUACCGCGGGAUUCGGAUGCGCAAGUGGGGGAAAUGGGUGGCGGAGAUCAGGGAGCCCAACAAGCGCUCCAGAAUCUGGCUGGGCUCCUACUCCUCCCCCGUCGCCGCCGCCCGCGCAUACGACACCGCCGUCUUCCUCCUCCGCGGCCCCACCGCCCGCCUCAACUUCCCCGACUGCGUCCCCGAGUUCGGCCACCAGGACCUCUCCGCCGCCGCCAUCAGGAAGAAGGCCACCGAGGUCGGCGCUAGAGUCGACGCGAUGCAGGCCGCCGCCCCGAUCACCUCGCCCCGCCCCGAUUUGAAUGAGUUUCCGACUCCUGAAUCAUCGGAGGAGAAUUGAUUUUACUACUCUGGUUUUGAUUUCUAUUUUUUUUAGUUUGAAGAUUUAAAGCAAAAAGAUGUAAAUCUGGUGGGGGAAAUGGAAUUAAUUAUAGAGAAGGUAUUUUUAAUUUUAGUUUCUUGAUGAAAUUAAUUUAGUGACUCGUGAUUUUGGUCA